CCCAAAUUUUUCCCCCAAAUGUCCGCUCCACCGCCGCCCGCCACCAUCGUCUACGGCGGCGCCUCCGUCAUCACGCAAAUGCCGCAAUUUCCGCCGCCGUAUAUAGACACGUCGUCUCCGUCGUCUUCCUCCUCAACCGACGACGUCUCGUGGUCGUCCAUAGUGUUAAUCAUAAUCAUCAUCGCCUCCGCCCUAGUUAUUUCGGCGUCAAUCUAUCUCCUCCUCCGCCUCCUCUCGAAGCGCAUCCAUCACACUGACUCCGUCGCCGACGACGACGACGUCGUCGUCUCCAGCCAGCCGCAAUGCCACGUGGCGGCGGCGCCGGCGAGCAAUCUGCUCGAUUCUCUCCCGCUCUUCACGUUCCGAUCGGUCACCGGAAAUCUCAGCGGCGGCGGCGACUGCGCCGUGUGCCUGUCGAAAUUCGAGCCGCACGAUCAGCUCCGCCUGCUGCCGAUCUGCUGCCACGCGUUCCACGCCGAUUGCAUCGACGCGUGGAUCGUAUCCAAUCAGACGUGCCCGCUCUGCCGCUCCGCCGUGAUCGCAUCCGAUUCCGAAUUGCUCGAUAAAAUCCUCCUCAAUCAGAGCCGCGGCAUUAAUUCCGGCGACGGAAACGGCAGCAGCGGCAGUUUCCGCAUCGAGAUCGGAAGCAUCAGCCGCGGCGGCAGCGCCGCCGCCGAGGCGGCGGAACGAGAGCGGCGCUCGUACUCCAUAGGCUCGUUCGAGUACAUCGUCGACGAUAACGGCUACGAGGUCUCGGCAGGAUCCGUGACUCAUCGCAGCAAUUCGGCGGACAAGGACUCCUCCGCCGGAAUUCCGACGCCGGGAGAGGCGCUCGCGGCGGAAGUAUCCAGCGGCAGGAAUUGGCUGAGGGAUUAUAUGGACAGGCUGGCAUCGGCGUCGUUGAGAAGCUCUGGGAGAUUCUUCUCAGGCAGCAGCCGGCGGAGCGAGCCUGUCGUCGCCGCCGCCGUGGUCGACGAUCUGGAGGCGAACCGCGCCGGAGAGGAGAUCAGUGAGAUGUUCCGGUGGCUUUCCGGGAUAUGAAAUGUAAAUUUUCCAAUAGUUAGGGGUAAUUUAGUAAUUCUUGUUACAUAAACUUGACGUUUUCCCGCAGAAACUCCAUAUGUUGAGGACGAAUACAAUUCUUUUUUAUUUUAUUUUAUGUAUAUU